AAAUACCACUGUGCAGAAAGAAAAGAAUGUGAGCUAAAUAUUAACGACUAUACCUCAAUUGAAAUAAUUAUGUACAACACUUGUUACAAAAUACGAGUACGACCUGAACUGAGCUGAACUGAGCUGAACGUACAAAGUUUUUCGACUGCUUAUCAGUUAGCUGCCGCCACAGUCUGAAUUGGUCUGAAUCAUGGUCUGAAUUUAGCGAUCCAGUUAGUAAACGAUGUGAAUCUUGUGCAAGACUCUAAUCUAUGUAAUAGCAAUAAAAAACGUCAAUUAAUAGUGAUAAUCUUUCUUUUACUGUAGCAAUAAGAUCAAUUAGUGAUUGUUUUAAUUUAAUAAUAAAUUGCAAUAAAAUUUGCACCUUAAAAGAAAAUUAUUUUCAAUUAAUAAAAAAGACCAGCGUAUGUAUAAAUCAAGUUUUUAAAAUACAUUUUCGAAUUAUAAAUUUAUAAUAUUCAAUAAAUUUUUAUAUUUUAAUAACCUUCGAAUUUUUUUUUUGUAACGAGAAGUCCUGACCAGAAAUUAGACCAAUCAGAAGUCUCGAUUUAUUAUACGAAUGUCUAAAGUUGUAUGCAUCGGUUUAGUUUAGGUGUUUCAAUUGAAUGCGAUUUCUUUACCACACGAUUUAAUAAUUUUUUGUACAUAAAUUUGCGUUGAAACAAGUGAUCGUUGACCACUUAUGUUUCACAAUUACAAGAUACUUUUAAGUUUUGUUGCGUACAAUUCUUUUCGCGUACUUUCGAGUAGUAGCAGAGAAUGAAUUUUGCCGGCUUCUUACUUAUAUGCAUUGUUAUCAGUUUCGUGACAAUUUCUGCGAAAUGUGAAUCUUUUUGGAGAAAAGGCAUAUCGUCUUUAUAUAGUGCAUUUGAUAGAUCCAUAGAUUACAUACCAUGUAGUUUUAUGGAAUGUUGUAAUAAUGAAUAUAUUUCAUCUGACAUCAACAAAUUAGAUGAUAUCUUGAGAGAAAACCUUUAUGGGCAAGAAAUAGCUCAUCGUGUAGUAAUAAGUGCAUUGCGUGGACAUUUAGGUCAAGUCAAUCCUCCAAAAGCUCUGGUUAUGAGCUUUCACGGUCCUCCAGGAACUGGUAAAACAUUUGUGGCUCAAAUGAUAGCCAAAUCAUUUUACAAGAAAGGGGAACAAAGUAGAUAUUAUCAUUUCUUCAAUGGUCGCAACGAUUUUCCUUUAGAACAAGAUGUUGAACUCUAUAAGGAAGCGUUACGUAAAACUAUUAUCCAUAGUUUAACAAACUGUGAGAGGUCAUUAUUUAUAUUUGACGAGGUAGAUAAAAUGCCAGAAGGUGUAUUAAAUGCUCUUGUACCGUUUUUGGAUUAUAAUACUCAAUUGAAAUCAUGGAGAUUUUCCAGUACUGUGUUAAACACUAAAAGAGGAAUAUAUAUAUUUUUAUCAAAUACUGGUAGCUCACGAAUCAUACAACGCUUAUUAACUCUUUGGGAAGAAGGAAAACAUAGAAGCCAAGCUAAAGUUCAAGAUUUCGAAAAUUUGAUAAGUGUUGGAGCAUUUAAUGAGAAAGGUGGUCUUCAUCAUAGUGAUACAAUCGACACUAGUCUCAUAGAUCACUAUGUGCCUUUUUUACCACUNNNAGAAGCACAUGUAAAACAAUGCUUAGUUAAAGCUUUUGUAAACAGAGAUAUUGGUCCUUCUGUAGAUAUGAUACAAUCUGCAAUGUCUUAUGUGAUUUUUGGACCUGAUCCUCACAAUCUUUAUGCAACGACUGGUUGUAAAAGAUUAGAACAAAAGGUAGCUGCUAUUAUAUAUAGUGGAAGGAAAAAGAAAGAAAAUAAUGAAUUAUAGGAUCAUGAAGCACUAUUUUUUCUUAUGUUAACGUUUGAAUAAGAACUAAAUUUUAUUGAUUAUUCUCAUUGGCACAAUCAGAAAAUAUGUGUAACAGUUAAAAAAAUAGUACAAUGAAUUUGCUACUAUAAUGUGUGUAGCGAUACUUGUGUAUGUAUUUGUAUAUAUAUAUAUAUCUAAGGAAUAGUUAAAAUUUGCAUUGUUAACAA